UGGUACGCUCUGCGCGCGGACCGAAUGCCAGCAGAUCUGCGUGUGUGUUAAUUAGUGGUGUUUGGUGUUUGGCGAACAAGGCAGCGCAAUGAAGUUCACCUUGGUCAUACUGGGAGCGCUUUCGAUUCUGAGCGCAAGCGACGGACAACUGCUCAACUCGUCACUGCCUCCUGGCAACUACGAAUUCGUCCUGAAGCUAGACUACGUCAUAUCCGAAACCAAGGUUCCUUCUUACCUAGUAGACGUGCUGUACGACAGCCCCAUCGAGAACAACGUCACAUCGAACGAUAUCGCCUCACUAUUCGGACUAUCGAACCUCACGGCGGCGUCUACUCAAAACGUUCUCGCCCAUCUUGGAUUCAACACAUCAGCGGUAUUCAGCUUGAACGGGUUCGACAGACUCCUGACUGAAUUUAAUUGGGACUUCGCGGACUUUUAUCGAACAAUAACGGGACCCGGUCACUUAAAUGCAAGUGGAGUCGCUCUAGGUCAAGCUUUGGAGGCUCUAGGAAUCGACGUGGCCCAGUUCUCUUUGGGUAUGACCUUGGGGAAUCCGGACCCCUACGACGAAUUCAAAAAAGGCACGUUCACGCCGGAAACUCUUAGCAACGCCACCGGCUUGAUAAACAGAACAACGGACGACCUAUUCGGAGCUAUAAGAGACGCGACGUUGCCGCAGUUGCUAGUUCUCAACAGUUCUCAAGUCGUUGAUUUAUUCAGUCGUAACUCGAUAGGCAGGAAUGAGACGGUGGAAAUAUGGAAGUACAUAAAUAUCACCAUAGAAGAUAUUUACAAUGUGGAAGGGUUUAGGAAUCACCUGACCGCUGUCAGCGACAACUUAAACGUAACAACAUUGGGAGUUGCGACUGGAAACGGCACAGUUACAAUCAACCAGAGGACUUUUGACGUGUGGAGGAACGUAAGUCAGCUGAUUGACGUGAGAGGGGAAACUUUGAACACUAGCACGGUCGUGUCACUAUCGGGAGUUGCUACCAGAGAGGACAGUAACAUAGUAGUGCUGGCUUCAAACUCAUCUCUGACUCCUAUCGCUCCGGGGAACCCCGCAAGCGACUUGGUAGGCUGCACGUUUCUUUCUUGGCAAAAUGGUGCCCUAGUGCCGCUGGCCAUCAGCAACGUGACCUUCCGUAACAAUGUUCUCGAGAUACGGAACGUAUCGGAAAAUGUUACCUUGGGAUCUCCAUUGAUAUGCGGCGGAAACGUGUACGGAAUCGCGAGGGAAAUAGUUUCCGACGUUAUUGUUUUGGAUACGUAUGCGGCGUUCGUGUCUUCAGGUACUACCACCGAUCCCAGUACUAACGCAACUACCAUCUCGCCUAUUACUAACACCACCGCUUCCGGCGGCACAACUAAUACCACCGCUGUUACAGGUGGAACUAGCCCCGGUACUAACUACGGAGUACGCACCGUAGCAACGGGUGGUGCUCUCCUUUUAGCGGCAGUGUUACACGCACUGCUAUAGUUUAGGAAUAUUUUUCAAUUUGUAUAUAAAGUCGUAGAUUGUGCAAUAAUAAAUUAUU